AUGGCGAGUAAAUCUCGCUGGGCGGAUACGGCAGAAGAUGCAGCACUAGAAGCAAAACAGAAGCGCGAAAAGGAAGAAAAGAAGCGGUUAAAAGCCGAAAAAGCACAAAAAGCAGAAGCAGAGCGCCGCGCCCAAGCAGAGGCAGAGGCAGCCGCAGCCAGACAACGAGCCGCGCAAGAGCAGCAACAACAACACCUACAACCACCAGACGAUGCUGUACCACCCACUAAACGACGAAAAAUCACACCCGAACAAGACGAACAAGAAAAGGACGAAACUACAGAAAAUGAGAGCAGCGCAAAACUACUGCGCUUCGAGACCGGAGGUUGGGGCAAAUCACGAAGCGUCGAGAACUACGAUAAGCUAAACGACAUCGAAGAGGGAGCAUACGGCUGGGUGGCGCGAGCAAAAGAAAUCAAAACAGGCCAAGUCGUUGCCUUAAAGCGGCUCAAAUUCGACCCAACCGACACAUCAGGCCUACCCGAGACGGGCCUGCGCGAGAUCCAAAUCCUAAAAGACUGCUCGCACCGGAACAUCGUAGCGCUGCGCGAAGUCGUAGUCGGCGACGAUACCUCGCGCAUCGAGCACAUAUUCCUCGUUCUCGAGUUCCUCGAGCACGACCUCAUGUCCGUGCUAGGCGACAUGCCCGAGCCGUUCCUGGCCUCCGAAGUCAAGACCCUGCUGCUCCAGCUUGCUAGCGGCGUCGCGUACCUGCACGACCACUGGAUCCUGCACCGCGACCUUAAGACCUCGAAUCUGCUACUUAAUAACCGCGGACAGCUCAAGAUCGCCGAUUUUGGAAUGGCGCGCUACGUCGGCGAUCCCCCGCCCCCUAAGCUCACGCAGCUCGUCGUUACUCUCUGGUAUCGCGCCCCUGAGCUGCUGCUUGGUACGAAGACGUAUGGCGCUGCGGUUGAUAUGUGGAGCGUUGGGUGCAUAUUCGGCGAGCUGUUAACGCGUGAGCCAUUGUUACAGGGCAAGAACGAGGUGGACGAGUUAGGCAAGAUCUUCGAGUUAUGCGGCAUUCCUACGGACGAGUCCUGGCCCGGCUUCCGCCGCCUACCAAACGCCCGGCAUUUACGAUUACCCAAGAGCUCCGGAGCCAAUACCGGGCCUAUAAUCCGCGCCCGGUUUCCAUUACUAACAGCCGCGGGUAGUGCGCUGCUGAGCAGUCUACUAUCACUAAACCCGGACCGACGACCUACGGCGAGGGAGAUGCUGGACCACGAGUUCUUCAGACAGGACCCGAAACCCAAGCACGAGGCUAUGUUUCCGACGUUCCCUAGCAAGGCAGGCCAGGAGCGCAGGCGCAGGAGAUCAACGCCUAAUGCGCCAGGCAGGGGACAGAAGGCCGCGGAUCUGGGGUCGCUGGAUUUCAGCGGGUUAUUCGCGGCGCGGGAGAAGGAAGAGCGAGGAGGUGGGUUCUCGCUUCGGAUGGUAUGA